GGGCAGGGUGACUGCCGAGGGGGUGGGCUCAAUGCAGCAUCGCUCCGUGGAGAGGGCGACCGCAGUGUGUGAGAAACUGCCGUAAAGGCCCGCCGUUGCCAUUCUGAACUGAGCCAUCAUCGAUCAAUUUAGCACUUCUCCCUGCUGAUGGACAGCGCCUGUCCGUGGGAUGUUGCUGUGCAGCGGCCGCGAGUUCUGGAAUGGGGGCGUGGGGGGUGAGGCGGGGUUGCUCCGGAGUUGUCUGCACGUAAGCACUAGCCCCCUCCUCGCUCCCUCUCCAUGGCGACCGAGCCAUCAGAUAGCAGGAAGGUGCGGAGGGGGCGCCAGGUGAUGGAGGUCCCGCGUUUGACGAAGGCACUCCGUCAGCCAGUGGUCAAUGUAAACAACCCGGGGGAGGGGCUGUGCCUUAUCUCCCCGCCAGACACAGGGUCGCGGCGGGGAGAGGGGUAUAUAUGAAACGGGACCUCCGGAGCCCACGGGAGUUAUCCACACGGAGCGAGAUGAGGACUAUGGGACCCUCGCUGUGCCUAAUGCUCUUUCUGCUCCCGGCGUCCGCAAGCGGAGUUGGAGAGUGUUUCUUCAACGCAAAAGCCACCUGCGAGCACGGGGGUGUCCGGCUGGAGAUCGGGGACACCUGGGUGAACGAUCAAUGUUACCAGUGCGUCUGCCUCGACCCCUUCGGCGUCGGUUGCUGUGACAAUGCCCAGCAACCGGUCGAUUACCCGGAUUGGUGCGAGCUUGUCCGACGGUCCGAAUCCUGCGAGCUGGAACUCGUUAUGAAAGCCGAUCCGAGGGUACCCUGCAUCGGCCAAUCGACCCCUAAGCACCUCCACCUCGGCAGAGCGCGCCAGGAGAAGGGACACUGGUUCUAA